AAGCGAACAUUGUCCAGCAAAAUUGACCUUUGCCGCAUCGACCGUUUGCAAGGAUUAUGGCGUCGCUGUUCCGCAUAACGUCGAACAACAUAUUCAAACCCUCGUCACGGUCAUUCGCGACAGCGUCACAAAAACAAGUAGCGUCCAAAUCAGAACCAAAUACCCACUUCAAAAUCACUCUCCGCCGCUCCGCCAUUGCACUAGGCGAACGGAAGAAGGAAACCUUGGUAGCACUCGGUCUGCAUAGACGUAUGCAAACUGUGUAUCAUGUCCACAGCCCAGAGGCUGCAGGAAAAAUUCUUAAAGUGAAGGAAUUAGUCGAGGUUGAGAAUGUACCAGCAAAGGCUGUACGCUCUCAGUCAGAGCAGAGGAUGGAGAGGAAGGCAUCGAGAGGAUACCAGGUGCAGGGCACAAAGCUGGGAGGACUUGCAUGGGAAACUUCAUGACCAGGUCCGUUUAUCUCGUGCUCUUUCGUUUCUGCACUCACUCGCUUUCCAAAUCAAAGACCCCAUAUCAUUACUUUGGCUGGAGUUCUUUCUCAUUAUCUUGUCUAUUACUGGCUUUCCCUCUUGCCCUAUAUUGUUAUUUGAAGACUCGAUACCCUUUUCAGGUGGUGUCUGCUUUCGCUCUCUACCAUCAUAUUGUCUUUGAUCCACUACCAUCGGAACAAUGAAAUUCAUGGUGCGGCUUUUAUCUUUCGAAGAAGAUGCCUCGUGGCUGCGUUAUAAGUUCCGAUCAUUUCUGUUACUUGGUGUCUAUGCCUUAUCCACACCGCUUUGACUAGAUAAACGUGUUUGUGACUACCUGAUUGAUCAUUGACAUACAGCUCAAACAUUGCAAGCUAUAAUUGCCGUUCCUGCUGUACCAUG